AAAUUAUUUUUAAUCUGUAGGAAACCCCCAUUGAAGAGAAGUGUGUUUGGUUUCGUUUACUUUUGUGAAUUGUGAGAUUGCUUUGUUUCCUAAACCUUAAUAUUUAUAUACAAUACCAACCAAGAUGUCUUCAGUAUGUUGUGGAACCAAAAAGCAAAAAUUGAAUAACUCUUACAGUAACAGUAUAGAUCGACCUUUGAAUGGUUACCAAGAGUCUGUAGCUAUACCCGAUAUGUGUUACUUUUGUUUCGAUGUUUUAUAUUGUCAACUGCAUAGUAUGGAUCCUCCACAGACGCCAAAUUUCACUAACGAAGCCUAUCCCUUGUUUGUGACAUGGAAAAUUGGGAAGGAGCAUCGUCUUCGAGGUUGCAUCGGAACCUUCAAUGCAAUGCAUUUGCACUCGGGUUUACGCGAAUACGCGAUAACCAGCGCGUUGAAGGACUCACGCUUCGCCCCGAUAACCAGGGAGGAGGUGCCCCGGCUGACGGUGUCGGUGUCCAUCUUGCAGCACUUCGAGGAGGCCGAGCACUACCUCGAUUGGAAGCUGGGCAAGCACGGAAUACGUAUAGAGUUUAUAAGUGAACGCGGCACCAAGCGGACCGCCACGUAUUUACCUCAAGUUGCUACUGAACAAGGUUGGGACCAAAUCCAAACAAUCGACUCGCUACUCAGAAAGGGCGGGUACAAGGCGGUGAUCACCGCGGAGCUGCGCAGGAGCAUCAAGCUGACCCGCUACCAGUCGGAGGAGAUCUCCGCGUCGUACAACGAGUACAUCAGCCAGCGCUGCUAGCACCCCGCGCGGCGCCACCUCGCCCGGCCGCGGCUAGUGUACGAACCGAUACCAUAUACUUGUAGGAACGCGCAUCGCACGGACAGCGCGCGGAGUGCUUAUAAAUACUGUGCUAGUUGUAACUUAGCUACUAAGCGUACACAUACUGCCCGGGCCGAUUGUACGGGUGGGCAGCGUACACGCGCGGCCAGCCACGCCACCACGGUGAAACGUCAAAGUUAUGCUCAAAGUGACUCCUCGACCGCGCCCGACGACGACAGAUCGUGUCUCAUUAAAAUCAUAUAACGGCCCUUCCACACGUCCGUUACUCACGGUCCGUUAUUAAUGACGGAUCGUCAGUAACGGAUAAACGUUCACGUGCAAAACCGAAUCGUGAUUUAAUACGAUCCGUCAAGUCCAUCAUUCAUGGAUAAUAGAGACAAAUAGACGUUAAGGAAACAAUACAGAUAUAUCUGUCACGCCUGUCUCCCAUUAGGGUAGGCAGAAACAAUGGAACGCCAAAUGCUUCGAUUCAAACGAACCUCCUUCGCUUCUUCCACAUUCAUCAAUCUUUUCAUACACGCUCGCCGGUUACGGGUACUUUUAAUUUGGCCCUUCUUUACCGUGUCACCUAUUUGGUCGACAUACGUCCUUAAUACAUGAUGCUCAGAAAUCUCAUCUCUACGGCGUCCAUUCGGAAACCAUAAUCAGAAAGUUAAAUCAAAUCGUGACGUUUUAUCGAGACGGAUCGUUGUCGAUGACAUGUAAAUAGAAUAAAUAAAAAUAACGAUACGUUAUAGGUGUUAUAACAAAUUCUCUAAUCGUAUAACUCACGAUUCGUUAUGUGAACGAAGCCACCACUGCGGGGGCGCAUCCACUGCCAAUUACAUUCCUUCGAGGAGAUGACUACGGUGCCAUCGAAAUAACGAAACACGAAAACUUAUGAAUACAUAAUAGUGUUAUGUCAUGUAUACAGAGUGAUCUGAUAUUUUUAAUAAACAUUUAAUUUCGUGUUCAACAUUCAAUUAUGUAGCUGAAAUCGAGUUUCGAGCGUUCGACAGUGUACUUUGAACAAAAUUUUGAUUUUGCCUUUGUAUUUAAGUUUGCGUAUGACACAUUGGGUAUGUCCCAGGCCAGCGAUACCUUUCAUGUAAAAAUAUCAAGUGGCAUUUUGGUACCUAGCUGUUGAACUCGCUGUGAAGUACAGACACGUACUUUCUGAGGGUUGAAACGUUCAAACAUGGUCGGACGUCUCGAGGGAGCACUAAAACUGUAAUAAUGGGCAGCCAUUUGCUUAAUGGAAAAUGACUUGUAUACCCAAAUAAGAAGGGUACAUAUUUCUUUAUUUGAUUUAUAAUUAUUUACAAUUUUUGUACUUAAUUUAUCAAAAUUGACACGCGGUGCCAUUGUCUUUGGUCGAUCGCACGUAUUUACUUUACUUGCUUCCUAUGUGAGGCAUGGUUAUGCCCAUAAUUGCAUCCAUGGGACUUACUAUCAUAACUAACAUUUUUUUCUAAAGAAAUUGGUUUCUUAAUAAACGGUAUCCUCUUCAAGCCUAUAUCAAGAGCUAGGUACCUCGAAAUGUGGAUUUAGACUUUUUAUGACUAUUCGAGUGAAUGCUCGUUCUUCCGUUGGUCUUCGGAAUUUAUUUAGUGUUAACAUACUAAGAGCAUUCUUUCUGACACUGCGGUGCAUUCACAGACAAAUUUAUACUUGGUUUAUCUCUUGUUCUUUUAGUCUAAAUCCACAAUAAUAUAACGUUUUUGGUGAUUCGUGAGAUAGUCAUAAACAAUAUUUGCAAUUCAUGUCUCUAAGAAAAUCCACAAAUUUAACCCGACAAAAGGGGGGCGUUUGAAAAAAAGACCUUUAUUUGAAUCAUUAUAGAAUUUAUUUUCUGUUAACCCGUCGAUUUUAAUAAACACCUCACGCUGAGAGCGUAUUAUUGACACAGUUUCAUCGGCGGAUUAUCUGAAAUGAACUGUAUUAUGAUUCGUUUAAAGCUGAUUUUUUAACUCACCUGUUUAUUAUUGUUAUGUAAGAUUUCAGAAUGUUUAGAUGAAACUUGUUGCUAAAUUCCUAUUAUUUUCUUUUUUUUUUUUUUAUUGCAUUUUGUGGUUUCUCAUGAAAAUUGUCAAUUAUAUGAAUUACAAAUAUGAAUUGUUUACGAAUCACUAAGUCGCCAUUUUAGACCCUUCAUUAUGUACGUAUGUAGCCCCGUUUUUCUAUAUUAUUAUUUCGCACACUGCUUGGUAAAGCGAAGGAUUGCCUAUGCUUCCAUAAAACAAGCAAUAUACUUAGCAUCAUUGCUAUUUAUGUAUCUAUACUUGGCUCUAACUUAAAACUCUUUUCAAUUUAAUUCACUGUAUCUCCAGGAAGUACAAGUGUUUAUCUAAAGCUUGUUCAAAAAGUACCUAGUAAAAACAGCGUGUUUUCAUUUAUUAGUUUUCAAUACCAUGACAAAUAGUCAAAUGGUCUUAUACUAUGUAUAGAUAUAUGCUAAAUAUUGCUUGUCACAAAUAAUCAUAAUUUGCAUAUUAUAAAUUGCAACCCUAUAAUAAUUAGGGUGCUUUGAACGCAUCAAUAUUUUAUAAGAAUGUAAAGAUCGUAUUAUUUUUUUUUUUUGCAUAAUGUCGGUUUACUGAUUGAAAGAGAAAAAUUCUAAAAAAAGAAUAUAAGGUCUAAAUGAAACAAAAAAAAAAAAAUUAUAUAAUAAUGUAAGGGUUCAUUUGUUGUAGUUUUAAGGCAUAGUUUACGUAAUUUGUAAAAAUUAUCGUUAUGUGAUUCUAAUUGAACGGUUAAUGAGGAUAUUUGUUAUGGAAUUGCCUUCGUUAGCAGCUUUCCUUUACAAAAUGAAUAAUAACGAGCGAGCAGUGAUGAAUUUUGUUCCACACACCAAGUUCAAGGUUAAGGUCAGCUGUGCAAACAUUUUUUUUGAUGGGUGAAAAUGGUAUGGUAGCCCCGCCUGCGCUGACGGGAUUCGCUGGCGGAGCACCAGUGAAGGGCGAUAGAUGAGAAUGAAAACAGGCCAGUUAGCCCAUCAUGAUGAAUUCAUCAGGAAUUAACCAUGACAGUUUCCAGGGGAAACCGCGAGCAGGUCGACCUGGUUGGGUAUAUUGCUAGCAAUGGGAUUCUCAGUCUCCAUUACUAACAAUCCCUUUCCCCCCUGUGCAAACAUAUUAGGGAACAAAAUUAAUAUUGAAUGACGUAAGAGAUAGAGUCCAGCUCGAUCUAAAGUAAGCUUAUCAACUAAAAGUUGGUAACGAUAUCUUUGGUAAUUCCAAUGUUGAAUUAGCCCGUUUGUUUCAAUGGACAAAUGUCGGUACAGUCGGCAUAAUAUUCUAGGCUGCAUUUGUUUAUCUGACAUGAUAUUUCGUUCUUUUUUCGCUGUGUUUUAUACAUUUAACUGUCCCUGUUUUUCUUUUAUAUAUUUCCUAGCUCAUGUGUUAAUUAAAAAAUCUAAAAUCAAACCCAUUCUCAUAUAUGAUCACCUGUCUUACUAAACAUAACUGUCUUUCAGUGUCUACAUUUGUAGAUUGGAUUUCCAGAUCUCUCGAGCCUUAUUUGGUUUUUAUUGCAAAUUAAUACAAUUAAUUAACCUUAUUUAAAAGUGAUAAAUCUAAAAAAAAUCACAUAAAUCGCAUUUCACUACAGCCAUCUUAUAAAUAUCUGGAGAUAUCUUGUAUUAUAGUGAAGUGAUAGCUUUAAAAUUCUAGUUCACCCAUUUCUUUUAUAACGUACAAUCGCAGAUAUUGGGGACACUGGACGUUUGUAAAACCAACUUUAAAUUCCAAUACAUGGUGUUACCAAUUCUGCGGGUUUCUCGCCCCUAUGAGUUGGGAAUAGUACUUUAAAUAAUGAAAUAUGAUUCUAUUAUUAUGUGGCCAUUUUAAACACCCUAAUAAAAUACCUUCUGUUAAAUCAUUUUAAUAAUACACUGCAAGGAAAAUUAUUAUCGGUCUGUGGACAUUUGGAGCUUCUGUAGACUGCGUGUAUAAUAUAGAAGGUAUUGUAGACAGCUAGACAAACUUAAAUAUCAUAGAUAUGUUGUAUAAAGGAAUUGUUGUGUAUAGUUGUAUCGAAAAUUGUAUAUUGAAUGGCAUAUAGUAAUGCAGUGCAGACGUUAUGACGUGUACAGCGAGGAAAUCUAACAAAACAAGUAACCGAAACACGCUAAUCACUAACACUUGUUACUUGACAUGGACUAAGGCUACGCCACUCACAGUCUACGAUUAAUUGGCUAAUAAUUAUGCUAUUUGUUUUGUAAGGUUUUAUCAAUUCGAAUACUGCUUUAGAGCUGUAGUGUUGGAGACACUUGUCAGUUGAUAUAAAAUAUAUUUGAGAUUUAUUGGAACUUUGCGCAAUUAUUAAGUGUAUAUAAAAUUUCUUGUAUUUUUUUUUUAUACAACUUAGAAUGGCAAACAAGCUGACGGCCCACCUGAUGGACAGUGGUAGCUGUCGACUAUAGACAUGAGCGUGUACCAUGGCCAUAACAGAGUAUACUGUUUCGCCCAUGAUACCCCCCAUGCGUUGCCAUUCCUGAGGACUCAGGUGUUAUUCCUCUGUACCCAGUAAAUUCACUGCCAUAUCCCACCCUUCAAACCGAAACAGAGCCAUGCAAACACAACUGCUUCACGGUUGAAGCAGGAAUGGGACAGAGGUACCCAAGCAAUCGACUUUUGUAUAAAGUCACCCUCUGAUGUUAUAUUACAAAUAUAGAGUAAUAAUGCUUGACAGAUAGUAGCGGUAACUCGCAAGUAAAUGCUACACCACAAUAUUACAGACAGCUGUUUUUAAAUUGUCAAUAUUUGAAUUUGAGACCACAUGUCCAUGGUACUGCUCAUGUCUAUAGGCGGCGGUUAACACUUUCCAUCAGGUGGGCCGUCAGCUUGUUUGCCAUUCUAAGUCGUAUAAAAAAAAACCUCAUUUUAAUACUGCCUUAUACAGGAGCGUAUGGAUAAGUUUAAAUCAAUUACAGUUGAUUUUGCAAUGUUUCAAUAUCUCCCAAAUACUUACCUGUAGUGGCUAUUAACCCUUAAGCUAUAAUACAUAUUAAUAAUGUACUAAUGUACGAAACUAGCCAAUGUAAAAUAGAAACCGUCUCUGUAUAUCUGAUGUUACGUGUAAAUAAAGGCGUAUAUUUACAAGGGUUUACAGUAUGCGUUCGAUUUGGGAACUUAGGUGAUCUGUAUCUCAGACAUGUUUUAAAUGUACCAGAUAUUGCCUGUCAAUGUUUGAACUAACUUUUAGCUAAUCUCAGCAUUGCUCGACUGGAGCUCUAGGGAGCAAUAGGCAAUAGGCAAAUCCUUAGAUCGGUCCCUAUAAAAAAAUGUAGUCGAAAGAGUGAAAUAUUUCCAAGCCAUUUCCCCACACAGUUUCAGUGUAUUUUUGCACUUAUAACAUGUCUGGGAUGAAUAAGAGGGUAUAAAGUUAUUUUGGCAAUAGGCACUUGUAUGUAGAAAUUUCGAAUUAAUAAUAUCGUUGUUGAAAUAGCAAAAAAAGAGCAGCGCAAACUGGAUACGCAUGGAUGGCGUCGUAUCUCUUUCAUUUUAACGAUGGGUAUGCUUGGGUUUGUUCCUUGAAUCUGUUCAACUUUGUCCAUUUUAUUCUAUUGAUGACAGUUCAUAUUAUGUUUUAGAGACUUGCUUUUUAGUUAUGUAAUUGUUUUUAGUAAUUAACUAAUCGAACAAUAAUAAUCAUAAUUUUUUUUUCUUAUGACAUGUCAUGGAGUAAAUAAUAAAAUGGAUAAGGUAUCUAUGUCUGUGUUAUUAUGACCCCCCAUUGGAAAACAUGGACUUUUGUGUGAUACCUUUUUUUUUUUUUAAUUCUUACUUGAAGGAUUCUACUUCUAUUGAUAUAAUAAGUAAUGUAAAAAAAAGGAACAACAAUAAAUAAUGGAGUAGUAAUGAAAUAGUACUUUUUUGUUAAUGAAUAUGUCGAACGGAAUGUUUCGAAGUGUUCUCUAUGACAUGGUCGACUAUGUCGUGCUUAUGUUACACGCGGUAACUUUAAUUGUAUGCGGUGCUUUGUUGGGAGUUUAAUUUAGUUUGAAGUCAAUGUUUUCUCGUGUUAUUUUUUAGAUUAAAAUUGUGAUUUUCUUUUGAUGUGACCAAAAAUCCUGACUACUUAAAAAUUGUUUCAAUGUGGAUUUCAAAAUGCCACAGGGGCGGGCGAGUCGUACACGCACUUAUAUUAUGAGCAUAGUUUUUUAUGUCAAUAAAAAAUUACUAAAUUAGUAGAUUUUUGAUGGCCCAGAUAAUUUCAGAUUAAAAAUCUUUGAUUUAAUUAAAUACGCGAACAUCUCGUUAAACAUAUCGUCAUAAGAAAAAAUCUUUUAUAUAGUAAUCUUUACUUUUUAUCACAUUUCGAUCUCUACCGAGAAGAAAAUUGAGAAGUGCCCUUUAUUAACAACAAAACAAAGAUAUCAACUAACACCUGAGUCCUCAGGAAUGGUAACGCAUGAAGGGUUUUAUGGGCGAAACAUGGGCGUCUAUAGGUGACGGUUACCAUUUUACAUCAGGUGGGCCGUCAGCUUGUUUGCCAUUCUAAGUUGUAUAAAAAAAAAAAAACUAAGCACGUCUGUUUUCUCAUCUUCACUCUGCCUCGGUUUCCGACAGUCGCGGGUUCGAUUCCCGCACGAUACAAACAUUUAUGAGUAUGUCUGUUUGAAUUGUUCUGAGCCUAUUCUGUGUAUUAUGUAUACAUUCACCCCAAAAACUGUACCCACAAUAAAAUUUCUGUUUAGUUUAGAACGAGAUUGCGUUAUGCGACCUUAAACCAAUAGCACUAGAUCAUUUGAUAGCUAUUUGUGUAGUCGCAAGUGGUUCCUAAUUAAAUUUAUUGUUGUUGGAAUAUCCAUUUCUGAUUUAUCUGUGCAAUGUUAACUUUUACUUAAAUCUUGGCAGAAAUUAACAACAAUUGUUGCAAUAUAUUUAGUAGACAACUGUAUCGCAACAUUAUUUAAUUUUUUGUUACUGGCAACAUCGUGCGUUUCUACCAAAUGGAUAUUUAAUGCUUUUAGAUUGCAUAAAACAUUAUAAAUAACCAAAAUACUCUCAUUAAAUACUCUAAUUAAAUAACUCCUAGAGUAAUAAAUUAACAGCUUACCUGAUCGAAAGUGAUAACUGUCGCCUAUAGACAUGACUAGCGCUACCCACGCGGACAGAAUACUACGAUAGUAACACUUUAUCCGUUAACAUUCCUAAGAAAUAAUAAAUCGUGUUAAUUAAGUUUUAAUUUAUAUUAAGCAUCUUGACGUCAGGCACGCGGCCAGUCGUAAAAUUAUCAGCCAAAUAUUUUUGUAAUAUGAUUAAAAAAUAUAUUACGUCGACCCCAUAUAAUAAAUGGGAUAAGGGUAGGAAGAUGAUUGGGCAUCUUGCGUUAAAAUCACUACCACGUGUGUGCACGAGUUAAUCCCGCCCCUCGUAUUGUAUGCUCUAAACUAUGUGAAUAGCGGAUGUGAAAUUACUUUUAAUGUGAUAUUUUAACGAAUUUAGAAAUUGGUCCUGUCCAAUCUCCAUUCAAAGUCUCGUAGGUGACAGCUUUAGGCGAGUUUUCCUCAUAGUCGGCAUGAACAUACACGCAUAUAUAUGUACUAUCUAUAAAAGAGAAACUAUGUGCUUUUACAAAAGGACUUCACGAAUUAGGGCUCCUUCACACGACACGGUAACCCGGCAAGAUACGCGUCGCGUAUCGUGUGAAAGAACCCUUAUGGAUUAUCCAGAACUCCUACGCCUGCUCAGUUUGCGUGAUACCUACAUAAACGUUGCUGUUACUUUACGUAAAAAAUAUAAUAUUACAUUAAGUUUACGUGUUCGACUCUCAGUCAAUAUGUUCAGUUUGCAAUAAUUUAUCUAAUUUAAGAGAGCGCAACCAAUAAAAAAAGUAUGACUUAUUUUUAUUGGAUGUUAUCAUAGUUUCGGAAACUAGAUACCAUAGAUGUAUGGUUAAUCUUCCUUUGUUUGGGUUUAAUAAUUAAAAAAAACUUGUAAAUAAAUUAAGUACUAACCAUUUCCUAUAUUGAGCCUAAUAAAUGCUACCGCAAUAUCCAUUUUAGUUUGUUUCUACACGAGAGCUGGUAGGAUAUUUAGGUGGAUUACAAAGUUAUGUUUCUAAAUUACCAACAUUAAAUUAAUCACAUCGUAUAAAGGAGGGCUAUGUAUUUUUUUUAUCUCGCUCCUAUUUCCUGUGUACUUGUAGAAUACUCAAAAUUUAUUUCGCAUCAACUUUUUUUUUUAUUUAAAAGCAUCUAUCGACAUUCAGAGGCCAGAGUUGUUUUUUUAUAAUCUUAAAACGAACAUUUUAUUUGCGAGGAAAUUUAUAAUUAUUUAAUAGCAAACGGCUCUGACUCCCAUUUUUUUUUUUGCAUUCCCGCGAUACUGUUCAUGCAUGUUCUUUUAUGAAAAAGUUUUGGAUGUAUUUCCUUCAGCAUCGUGUAGAAACAUUAAAGGUUUUAUAUUACCCAAGCGACCAUACCGUACAGGUUCUCUUGUUUUUGCAACAUGGAAAUCUAACAAACGAAAUAAUCACAAAAAUUGGCUAAAAUAAUAAUAAUAAAUACAUAUUGGCCAAUUAUUGUGACCCCAAAUUAUUAUAAUCAUGUUUGGUCUGCUAAAAACAUGUUUUGUCCUUUGAUAGAUUUCCCUACUGCAAGUAUGUAUUAAAGAAAAAUACAAAAUUUAAGUUUGGAACAAUACAACAUGUUAUGGAGUGAGCAGGGGCAGUUUGCAUGUGUUCAAACAUAGGAAGUGUACUUUUCUGAUGAUAACAGUUGUGUGCAUAUAGUUUGUUGUCCGUUUUUGUAAUUCGUAAAUAUUAUAACUAAUAUAGGUUAAUUGAACGAUG